AUGCCUGUUCUGUUGGCUCCGGUAGUGUUCGAGGGUAUAGUCCACAUAAAAUGUUCUACUGGCAAACAACACAAUCACCGCGCCGUGCUGGGUAACAGGGAUGUGGUGGGCACGACGCCAUGGUGGUCGGUCUGGAGCCACGACUUCUGGGGUAACCCGCUCUCCCGCCGGGGCUCUCACGGUUCCUGGCGACCCCUCACCACGCUCUCCUUCAGGAUGAACGUGGUGGUGGCGAGAGCUCUGGCCCCUGAGUACGACCUUCCUGGAGGCGAGGGCAGUCCCGCGUCAGUGCCACCACCACCAUCACCUCUAUCACCGUCAUCAUCAGCAGUGCCACUACCAUCAUCGUCAUCAGUGCCAAGAAGCCCCGCCGUGCCUUCCCUCACUCCCUCGCUCAAAGCCGCCUUCUCGGCCUCCACCUUCCAUGCCGUCAAUGUGCUCCUCCACGCCGCCGUCACUGCUGCCUAUGUGGGCGUGCUGCAGUGCGUGGGCGUCGGGGCGUGGGCGUGCCUUGGGGCCGGGUCACUCUUCGCCGCCCACCCUGUGCAUGUUGAGGCUGUAGCAGGCGUGGUAGGCCGGGCGGAGCUCUUGGCCGCCCUGGCCUUCUGUCUCGCCCUGGCCGCCUACAUCAGGUAUCUCCGCGGGCGUGCGACGGGACGGGCGUGGGCGCGGAGGUUGAGCGGGUGCGGGCACGGGUGUAUCUGCUUGGAGGACAGCCCGGGGGUCUCCAGGUCGCUCUCCUGCUCCACUAUCUCAUGGGGCUCCAAGAGCAGGUGGUCGGUGCAGCUGCCGUCAUGGGCGUGGCUGGCGUUGAGCGUGGCGGGGGCGGGAGUGGCCAUGGCGUGCAAGGAGCAGGGCGUGACGGCGUUGGGGGUCGGCCUCCUCCUCCACGCAGCGGCUGUUGUCACCAUCACCCCCAGGAACAAGUCUGUGGUCCAGGCGCUGAUCCGGGAGCUGUGGCCGGGUAGCGUGGGGACGCUAGUGCUGCUGUGGGCGCGAGUGAGUGUGGCACCCCACACGCCCAGUUUCACGCCCGCGGACAACCCAGCCGCCCAUGCCCAUUCCCUGCUCACGCGUGCUCUUAGUAUCGCUCGAGGGUGGGCGGUUCAUGGGCGCCUCUUAGUGUGGCCUGCGACCCUCUCAUUCGACUGGUCGAUGGGCGCCGUCCCCCUGGUGACCUCCCUCAGCGACCCGGCCAACCUCGAGACUGCACUAUUGGUGGGGUCAGUAGGCGUCCUGGCUGUCACCGCCGCCUCAGCCUGCUGGAGAGCACGACAACACCUCAACCUGACCACCAAGAUGUACACAUAUCACAACCAGCACGCCUACCACGACGUGCUGAACAACAACGUGCAGCACGGCGAUGUCACCACCCACCCGGCGUACCACCUGCAGCACCGUGCUGUCUGCUGGCACCUCAGCCCCCUCUUACUGGUGCUGGCCUGGGGUCUCCUCGUCUUGCCCUUCCUCCCGGCCUCCAACCUUGCCGCCUACGUAGGCUUCGUGGUGGCUGAGCGAGUCCUCUACCUUCCCUCUAUGGGCGCCUGUCUGCUGGUGGCUCUAGGCUGCCAGGUAAUCUGGCGCACCAUAGGCACAAACAAGUGGCAUCGAACAGUAAAUUCUCUAAGUGAUUUUACAAAUUCUGUGAUUCUUGUUUAUGAUCACAAUGUAUGUGUGUCUGUUCUCUUGUCUCUACUUCUUCUUCUACUUCUACGGGAGAUGGAUGAUGAGAAACAGAAACAUCAGGAACGGAACCAUACUGCAAAGAGUGAUAAGCAGAACUCCUCGGGGUGGCAGUGGGUGGCGGAGGGCGGCUUGACCAUGGCCGGGGCGUGGGUGGCACUCUUACUGCUCUUGUCUGCCAGAACUCUCAGAAGAAACCAAGACUGGGAGAGCGAUGAGUCCCUUUAUCGAGCUGGUGUGGCCGUCAAUCCUCCCUAGGCUCUGUCCAACCUUGGUGUGGUGUACAGCGAACAGGGACGUCUGCAAGAAGCUGAGACUGCCUACCGCAGCGCCCUCCACCACGCCCCUACCAUGGCUGACACUCACUUCAACCUUGGGCUCCUGCUGGCGUCCACGGGCAGGUCGGAGGCGGCGGUGGAGAGUUACCGGGCGGCGCUGUGGAGUCGGCCGUGGCUCGCUCAGGCUCACCUCGGCCUGGCCGCCGCCCUUCAGCAGCUCGGCCGAGACGCUGACGCCAUCAAGGUGUUGGAGACGUGCCGGGGAACAGGGUCGGCACCUGCCAGGGACAGCCUGAGCCACACCUGGGCGGUCAUCACCUGCAGGCAGAGGCUGGCCCGGGCGCACAUCCUGGCGGGCCGCCCUCAUACCGCGCUGGAAGAGGUGGCGCACGCCCUCACGCACGCCCCAGACGGCUACGGCACGCACGCCCUUCACACCCUGGCGGCCGAGGCUCACCUAGAGGCUGGAGAGCAUGCCGAGGCCCAGGCCGCCCUAUCUCGCGCCCUGGCCGCCCACCCCCACCACGUGCCCGCCCACCUCACCUUCUCCAGGAUGCUGCAGGCUAAUGGCAGCAGAGUGGAGGAGGUGGAACAGUGGCUUCGUCGCGCGGUGGCUUUAUGCCCAACGAUCCACACGCCCACAAACAUCUGGGUCAACUGCUUAGAACAGGACCGUGUAGAGGAGGCCGUCGGGGCGUGGUUGAGGGCCGCGUUGUUAGACUCUACGGAUCACACUGCUGCCUUCAACGCCGCCACUGCCCUCAGGCUGGCCGGCAGGAACCAGCACGCCGAGACCUUCUACAGACGAGCGGUGCAGCUGCGGCCCAAGGAUGUGUCGAGCCACCGGAACUUGGGUGCCAUUCUACACUUGAAUGGUAAACUAGACGAGGCGCGUAAGCACUACGACGAAGCCCUGGCUCUAGCCCCCGGCGAUCCCCAGACCACCACCAACCUGCAGCGGCUGUCAGCACUCGUCAACAAGAAGGGCCUCUCCUAGUGGGCCUGGGGCAAGGACCCACGGGCUGUUGGUGUCGUGUGCAGUAUUUCAGGAUCCCCUCAUAUAUCAGGAGCUCAAUUUGUAGACGAUCCCAGACGAUAAUGUCGUGCAUUGGUUUCUGUGAUGGAUCCAUAGUAUUCCUGUUUAUCCCGUGUGUAAGAAACUCUCAGAGAAUGCAGAAGACGAGGACCAAUGCAACUGUAUGUCACCUCUACCUUGUUAGGAGAUCAAGAGGAAAGAACAAGAAUAACCGUGGGGUCACAUCCGCGGUGACUAGCAACGAGUCAUCAGAAAUAAAUAUAUUUACAAAACUUUUUUUAAUAGAUGCUACAUUGCCCCUCCCCCUCCCCAAUAUAUCCCACAAAGUCAUUCACCAAGUUUUUAAUACAUCUUUAAAUGCUUUACUAUUAUUUAUUUUAUAAGGUUUGCCACUGGGAACUGACAAGGGAGAAAGUCGAGCUAAGUACAGUAACUGAAGACUUGCCACUGACGUUUUUACUGUUAUGAUUUUAUCUUUCAACCUCUGAAAAUUUUCGGUUUUCUGGCGACGAUACUUUCACCUGUACAUAUAACUACCCAGCCUUCCAUAGUGGUCUUCAUGUGGGUGUUCCUGUGACAGGAAGGACCAAGACCCUCACACUCCAACAACAAACUUCAACAGUCUAGUUCUUGGUGCGCCAGAUGACGACAACACUGUGUCUAGGACUCUUGUUCUCAAAAGGGAUUCCAGUUCUCCUGCAUCGAUGUCCAUCCUGCUGAGGCGGUUCUCGGGAGGGUGACGUCACUCCCGAAGAUAAAAAUAUUCCAAAGGUUCUUCUCUGUGUCCCUCUGUGGUAAACGGCCUAUACAUCAGUGUUCUGUGUGAUAUUUGUUAACAUUUCCUUCGCUAAUAUUGCAUCAUUAUCAACAAUUAAUCGCUUUCAACGUGAGUAAAAGAUCCUUACAGAAAUUGUUUAUUCUCAAAGGUUAAAAAAAGGAACUUUCUGAACCUCUGUGGUCAUUAUUUUUUUCCAUGGCCCCUUUACAUCUCUCCUUAACGACACUCCCAGGAACAGCAAGAAACCCCAGUGAGAUUAAGGUUAAAGUUACAGCGAAUUAUAUCUUAUAUAUUAUACAUAUACUUGUCCAAUUAAGUAAGGAGGAAGACUUAUAAAGAAGUAAAUGUAAAAGACAUCGCUUGUACCAUCGGCUCCAGAACUGCCCGUCAGCGUACACAAAAUCCCUCAUCAGAUGAGGACACAAAUCUUCUUCAACUUGAGGCUCGAGCACUUCUGGACACCCCGGCGAUGUCAGAUUUCUCUCAACCAAAAAAUAUUAAAAAAAUAUAUAAUCUGUGUCAUAUUUUGGACAUUCCUUAACAUCAGUCUGUGAUAUUUGCCAAGAAAAAGAUUAUUCCAUGACAUUGUGGCACUAGUUUUAACCCAACCACUGUCACCACUACUUCACGUGUUGUAUAAUACCCAUUUAUCAAGAAAGUGUCAUUAUUUUUUCUCUCUUUCUGUUUUCUUAAAAGAUCAACGAUGGUGAAGACCAGAAUGUAACGAGAUAAUGUCAACUUCCACUAACAUAACCUUGUUGUGCGUGUGUGUGUAUGUGUGUGGCCAGCAGCGAGGCGGCCUGUGUACAAAAAACUCCAUCAUAAUGCUCCGGCACCAAGAUAUAUGACGGGAAAAUGUCAUCCUCAGAAUUUCUAUCUCUUUUCUUCGUCAUCUUCUUCCUCUCCUCUUCUCUUACUGUGUCUACCAGGAUUUUUUGACACUUGCAGUAUACCAGUGCAAAACCUUACAGUGGUCCCUGAAAUUUUAUGAUAUUGCACUAAAUGGCUUUUGAAAGUGAAUAGCAUUGCAAGUAAAUGGCCUUAUGGUGAGCGAUUUCUUUUUUACCCGGAUUAUUCUGCAAAGUCUUUAAGAUUUAAACUAACUCCGUUUUUUAUAUAGAACCGGUUUCUGUAGUUUUUAAACCCAAGAAGUUUAAGGUAAUAAAAAAAUAAAACUUUUAGUCGUCUAGUCAACUCUUAAGCUCCUUUAGUGAUUUUCUUUGCUUUUCAAUAAGUCACCAAGUCGGUAGGUUUUGCUGUGACUCACCACUUACUCAAGUAGUCGAUCGACCUCGAUAGUAAUUCACUCAGCCUAGUACUACUGGUAGGCGUAGACACACCAAUACUCAUAGACUCAUUUUCCGACUUUGUAGUGAGACUCACCGGGCUAUUGUAGUGAAUAAGUGACUCAUCAGGUGACUUGGAACAAUCAGUAUCUAUUAAGAGCUCACUGGACCUCAGGUUAGGGAGUUAAGUUGCCAGCGGCUUCACUCUCUCACUCACUCGCUCGCCACGCCUCUGUUGACUCAUGUGAUGAACCCCUCGAACCCUCAUCCAGCUCGACUCAUUAAAAAAAAAAGAGGAGGAAGAGAAGGAGGAGAAAUAAACCUCCUAGAUGAAGAGAAGAUGUGAGUUUAUAAGACUUUGUAAUGACUGCCUAAGGAUCAUUUUCUCGUCAUUAUGUGAAAUCUAUUGUGUGUGGGGAAGAGACACGGUGACACAUACUAUCUCAUGGUGGAAGGUUGAUAAGUCGAAGAAUACAAUUUCUUAUUAUUACAGAGCUGAUGUGUCGGUGUAUGUCUGAGUACGUCGUCGGUGUCAUAAAACUAAAGACAUGUGUAUAAGCCAUGUGUGCAGCCAGAUGAUAAGUGAUCCCUCAUUAAAGCAAAAAAUAAAAAUAAAAAAUAAUAAUAAAAAAAGAAUCAUUAUGUCACCCCUGAAAGGCAGAAUCUGUACAUAGCCUGAAACAAAUAUAUCGAUUUUUUUAAGGACCUCCCCCCCUCCCCUUUUCAUGAAUCUCCCCCCUCCCCCCGAGCACCCUUCAAUGACGCCCCCUCUCUCUGUCUUUCUCUCUCUCUUUAUCCCUCUUGCCAUUUAUCCCUUCCUCCUUCAAUCACCCCCACCCCUUCCUCUCCUUCCUACAUUCUCUCACCUCCCCCUCCUCCCCUUCCUGCCUUCUCUCUCCCCUUCCUCUCCCUCCUCUGCUCCCCUUCUGGUCUAAGAUGUGCCUAAGCCUCUCACCAUGACAAGCCAUAUUUGUGACGAGUUCUGCGGCUUUUGGCCUUACAACACCAGCUAAUACGGUCAAUUUUCCCAUAAUUUGUAUCAAGAGGACGAAAACUGUUAACAAACGUGACCGUAAACCACAAGACAUCAACGUCAAGUCGAGAAUCGUAGGUCAUCAGCUUCUCAUUGGUUCCCUUGUAUUGAAUGGCAGCCAAUGAGAAGAGCAACAUAAUGACUUACUUGGAAAUGACUUAUUUUUUGUAUUUUCGACCGUAUUGCUGUGUGACUGAAGGGUGAAAGUCGCCGAUCCGGCUAACAACCAGUAUAAAGGAGUCGUAUUAUACAUUGGUGUUUUUACCCAAAUAAUAAUGUGCCGAUGAUAGUGAUAUGUUAUAAUUAAUAUCAAAUAUAUUAUAUGUGUUCAUUAA